AUGGUUACCGAAAUUACGGUUCUGACAUUCAACCUAUGGGGGAUAUUUAACUCCGAACACCGCGCUGCCCGCAUGGAACAGUUCGCCACAAAAAUUGCCCAUUACGACGUCAUUUUGCUUCAGGAACAGUUUUCCGAGAAGGAUUUUGAGUUUAUUCGUAGCCGGCUGCCCAGUGAGGUGCGAGAUACGCGAUUCUUUCGGCGCUUCCCCAGUGCCUUUUACGGCUCCGGUGUGGCUGUUAUCUCUCGUUUCUUUAUUAAAUCUGCACUUUUUUUUACGUUUCCCUUGCAAGGAUACCCUGAGCGCGUUCUCCAUGGUGACUACUACGCUAACAAGGGGGCUUCCCUUGUACGCCUCAGUAUCCCAUGCAGCAUGGGGACUGGUGCGAGCUCAAAUCCGCCUUGCGACGAAGUUUCGUUGUACUGCACACACCUUGUUGCGGCCUACGAAAAAACUGCCCGCCUGUUGAAUUGGCGUGAUGAGCUCUACUUAUCGGUUCGUUUGAGUCAAGCCAUCUCGCUUGCAGGGUUCAUCUCUGAAACCUCACAUCCCACAAAUCGUGUUAUAAUUGGAGGUGAUUUUAAUGCCACGCAGCGCUCUCUGGAGUUGCAAACGAUGCUCAUUUUAUUGCGUCAGCGCGGUUUCAAGAUUCUUUCCGUACUUCCACCGUCCAUCGUUCACCGCCCGGAAAUGUCUGAGCUGGAACGAAAAAUCAACACUGAGACACUGACGUUUUCGGAUGCCAAUGUGUUUAACACUACAAAGGAAGGGUGGUUUGUACAAGGAGGUGAUGUGCCGUGUCAGAUUGAUCAUAUCUUCUACACAGCGAAUACACUUCGCCUCUCUAACUACAAAGACUGUCCAGACGCGCCCGCAGACUACUCUUUUCAAAUGCCAAUCGAAGGUGUGGAGAAACCUGUCGGUGUGGUUGUCUUUACAGACAACAAGGAGGUUCGACUCCCACCAAGGACAGGCAUUUGGGUAAAGGCCUGCAACGGAUUGGCUGCAGUGGGCAAUGCGAUUCGGUGUGGACCGCUUGUGACCGUUGCGAGGAGCCUGGCACAUGGCAAUGGGGUCAAUAACUCGGAACCACAGUUCUGCCCAAUAUCAGACCACUACGGCGUCGCUGCAAGGUUUAAAUUGGAGGAAGAGGAGGGAGUGACGAUAGCUGAACACAAUCCAGCCUCAAAGGGGGGGGAGACGGCGGUAAAAUUAACCGAAGCAGAAAUUGAAGUGUUGCGUGAGGCAGCUGGUUUUCUUGAUGACUCUGUGAAACGGUUGCUCUACGAGAGUAGGCUGUGCGUAUGGUUUUCUGCUACUAUGGCAGUCCUUGUGGUGGGGCAUCUUCUUUACAUGGAGCUUCAGGCCCAACAGCAGGAAAACCACACACGCCUUGUCCUGCAGGAGUUGUUUGCCUUUGGCCGUCUCCGAGGAAGCGCCAUGAAUCUGGAGGAGUCGUUGUCGGGCGCGGCUUUCAGUAACUUGAGGCGGUGGCUGCGUGCAGUAGCUUCUGGCAAAUCCGACAAUUACCCCGCGGAAACAGAAGCAAAGCCUCAAUCGGUAGCAUCGGUUAAUGUUGCCAUAGAUUACACCGAUAUGGCUUCGCGGCUUCAUGCCAGGGGUAUUUCGAGUGUGUUCUCACCUCUUUUUAUCAUUUCUGGCAGCCUUCUCAGCGCCGCAUCUCUCGCCACGGCGUUGCUGCAGCGGAAGGCCUACGCGAAAGUUUUGGCGGAGCAAGUUGUUAUGCUGACACAUGAUUUUUCAGAGUAA